CAUAUAAACCUAACGAAGAAGAAUAACAACAACAGGACAUCAACAUGGCGGCCGACAAUGAUCCCGAGACGGAAGUGUUCGAGAUCACAGAUUUCACCACCGCGUCAGAGUGGGAGCGGUUUGUUUCCAGAGUGGAGGAGGUGUUAAAUGAUUGGAAGCUGAUUGGGAACUCUGCAGGAAGGUCGCCCCCAGAUAAGGGUGGAUACACAACUGGCACCUGGUUGGAGAAGUCUCAGGAUAUAAACUUUGCAGACUUUAAAUUCUACAUAAGUCACUUCACCCUAAAACAAGAAAGUGAGAAUGACAACGAGAAGAAUACUCUCGAGGAAGAUGCUUUCCCCUCAGCAAUGCAGGACCUUCUGUGUAUGAACAACGACUUCCCUCCUCGGGCUCACUGCCUGGUUAGAUGGUACGGUAUACAAGAGUUUGUGGUCAUCGCUCCUGGAACCAAUUGCGAGGCGAUCAUCAGUGAGUCCAAAUGCAAUCUGCUGCUCAGCUCCAUCUCCAUCGCUCUUGCUAACAGUGGCUGCCAAGUGCCCAUGUUUGUGCAGAUCCAGCAGAAGUGGAGGCGGAUGUAUGCUGGAGAGUGUCAAGGUCUAGGUGUGCGCACAGAUUUUGAGAUGGUGCACCUCCGCAAGGUGCCAAGUCAGUACAACCACCUGUCUGGGCUCCUGGACAUCUUCAAGUCAAAGAUAGGUUGUAAUCUGUCGCCUCCACCUCCAAUAAACAUUGCCAUCCGCUUCACCUACAUCCUCCAGGACUGGCAACAGCACUCGUGGCCACAGCAGCCUCCAGACUUUGACACACUACUUGGAGGUGAGGUGGGAGGAGUUGAGUUUGGCAAACUUCCUUUUGGAGCCUGCGAGGAGCCAAUCAGUGAGCUUCAUCUUGCAACCACCUGGCCUCACCUGACAGAAGGCAUUGUUGUGGAUAAUGACGUCUACAGUGACCUGGACCCACUUCAGGCUCCUCACUGGUCUGUCAGAGUGCGGACAGCUGAAAACCCUCAGUGUUUACUGGGUGACUUCCUGUCGGAGUUCUUUAAGCUCUGCUGUAAGAAGGAGUCUACAGAGGAGUUUCUGGGGAGAGGAUUGGUUGAAGAGGAGGGCCAAGAAAACACUGACAUCAGCUCAGCAUUAUCAAGACUCACAGAGCCUACUGCAACAGUACCCAUCUCAAAACUGUCCGUCUCUAACAUGGUGCACAGCGCACGAAAACACAUCAGACGCCACCGCCGUGUUGCCGAGUCACCGCUCAACAAUGAUGUUCUCAAUUCUGUCCUGCUGUGUCUCUUCCCAGAUGCUGCAGUGGAGAAGUCAUCAGACAACAGCAAGAAUAAACCUGCACAGUCGAACGCCUGUGGGAAAACUGAGCAAGACAAGAACUCUGACUACAAUAUUUACCUGCAGCUGAAGUCAGCUCCCAUCGACAGUCUGACCUACAGACUGGCUCUGUGCGUUUGUCUGAUCAACUACAACCACGGCGGGCUGCGAGCCGUCGCCCACCUCUGGCAGGAGUUUGUUCUUGAAUUACGCUACCGAUGGGAAAACAACCAUCUCAUCUAUGGACUGGCAGCUGGACCUCCAGAUCUCCGCUGUUGUCUUUUGCAUCAGAAGCUCCAGAUGCUGAACUGCUGCAUUGAGAGGAAGAGGGCAAGAGAUGAAGCUCGCCGGGCUCAGGAGGGAAGCAAAGAACGAGAGCGCAGGAGCAGCCAGAAUGGCCGCCCCACGUCGGACUCCACGGCUCCAUCUACCUCGAUGAAAGAGGUGUCUUCUGGGAAAUCUUGGGACUCCUGGAGCGACAGCGAGGAUGAGUUCUUUGAGUGUGUGAGUGACCAGGGGGAGACGGAGUUCUCCCACACCGAGGGUGAAAAAGACAGCAGUAAAAAUAAAGCAGAGGGAAGACUCCAUCCGUACAACAACACAACUCUGCUGAAGUCUACAGAGCCACUCUACGUCCCCAUCACACAGGAACCUGCUCCUAUGACAGAGGAUCUGUUGGAGGAACAGUCUGAGGUUUUGGCCAAACUGGGAACGUCAGCUGAAGGUUCCCACCUCAGGGCCCGAAUGCAGAGCGCCUGUCUGCUGUCUGACAUGGAGUCCUUUAAGGCAGCAAACCCGGGCUGUGUGCUGGAGGACUUUGUGCGCUGGUACUCGCCACGGGAUUAUGUAGAGGAGCAGGUGGAGGAUGACAGCGGCAACAAGGUGUUGAAAGGAGAGCUGAGUGCCAGGAUGAAGAUCCCAGGAAACAUGUGGGUGGAGGCCUGGGAGACAGCCAGAGUCACACCUGCACGCCGCCAGAGACGACUGUUCGACGACACCAAGGAGGCUGAAAAGGUUCUGCACUAUCUAGCAGUGCUGAAACCUGCAGACGUGACUCGUCAUCUCCUGCCCUGCACUCACUCUGCCAUUCUGAAGCUGAAAGAGGAAGAGUCAGUAGAAGACAUUCCCUCAGUCAGAAAAAACAUUCGACAAUCAACGAGUCAGGCAAGCAAGCUGCUGCACCCGCCUAACUACGACUACAAGAAGAUAGAGGAUUUUAUCAACCAGCUGAUCGCCAUGGAGACCGUCAUCACCAGAGCACGCUCACUGAAGGCCAAAUUUUCUAUCUGUGAGGGCGAGAAGGGAGAAGAUACAGAAGAGCUGGAGAAGUUUGUGAGCUCCCUGCUGGAGGAACCAGAGGUGGAGGUGAUCGGAGCGGGCCAGGGGCCGGCUGGGAGCAUCAUCCACAAAAUGUUCAUCAACGCUCAGAGACUGGCUGACUUCACCAGUGAUGAGGCUGCCCUCCUAUCAGCUCUGGAGGAGGACCUUAGCUCCGACAGAAAGCCAACUGGGGGAAGCAACAAAGUGCCUGACUUUCCCCCUCCAGCAGGCCGGGAGAUCCUGCUGCGGACGUGUGUCCCUCGGCCCACACCGUACUCCAAAGCUUUGCCACAGCGGCUCUUUUGUGUGCUGAUGAAGGAGGAGUUCAGGCUGGCGGGGGCCUUCUCUUCAGACACCUCAUUCUUCUGAGACCAAAAUGCCUAAAACACAGCAUUCCAUCUCAUAACAUACUUGGUUUGCAAAUGACUGAGCUCUGCGGUCUACACCUCGAAUCCAGAACCGAAGCCGUGAAGACGUUCACAUGGCCCCACUUCACUCUUAACGGUCCAUAUUAUAAUCUUUUAAACAAGUUUAAAUGUGUUUCAAAGCUCCACAAGACAUGCCCUAAUGUUAACAGUGAGAAGGCAGACUCAGAGGGCAGAACAAACACCUUACUGCCCUUUGUGAUGUCAUGAAGGGAAAACCGCCUGUUCGAGCACACAUUUUCUGAAAAGUGAAGCAGGUUAAAAGACGGAGAGGAUGAACAUUUCUCAUAAUUGGGGUUUUGUAGACAGACUAGGGCCACACAAAACCAUGGUAAAGUUUAUUUUGCACAAUAUGUGACCUUUAACUUUCAGAAGUUACACUUGGUUUCGGGUAAAUUAAUUUGUUUGAGAGGCAUGUGAGAAAAAUGAAUCUUUAAUGUUUAAGUUUGAUCUGAAUUGUUUUCUCUGUUUGAUUAUGACAGUCAAAUUUCAGGAUCAUUUAUUUGAAUAACUUUUUUUCUUUAUCAGUAAAACCAUGAGGUAAAAGAGCCAGUGAAAACUUACUAAGAAUUUUUAGCAGGUAAAAGAUAAACAUGGGGCCUUUUUUUAGGUUAGGGGCUUUUAUGCCUUUAUUAAUUAGACCAGACGGAGAUCACCAUCUCACCAAAUAGCACCAGAACUAGGAAUUAAAACCUGUGAGCAGUUCUUUAGGGACUACAGCCUCUGUACGUAGGAGCCCCUCUUUAUGAAUGUGUUUGUGCUAAACUUUUUCACCUGUUUUUACAGAUGGAAAUCGGGAAUAUAGAGAGAUUAACCCUGAAACAUAUGUUUUAGUCAAUAAACGAGAAAACGAUCUUGAUCAGACUUUGAUAACUUUUUUUUUUUUACUUUGUUCUCAGAGCUUCAAAUAACAAACAGUGCAGGCAUGACAUCCUGUACCUGUAUCUGCUACAUGCCUCUAGAUAACACUUCACAAUUACAGAAUUACAAUCAGAAAAGAAGAGACAGAUACCCCCUCUAUUGCAUUGUGAUACUUCAAUGUCAUGUUCUGCCAACUAAUUAAAUUUCCUGCACACAAUUAUAAAUAUGAAGCAGGAAUUAUUAGCUUGAAGAAAUAUCACUAAUUUAUUCUCAUUUCUGUCCAUGAAAACUACAAAAUAUACGUCUUAAAUAUAACUAUCAACUGGUGAUUAUUAACACUGCUACGACUCCUUUAUUUAACCUUCAGUGCACAUUCAGAUAACUUAGUUGUAACUUUGGCCUCUUGUUUCUCAUGUUCUGAUCUCCUAUAUGUACAUUUACUGAUGUGUCCCUGUUAUUGACCCAUGCCAAGUGACAUAUGCUAUCACUAUCACAUGUUUUAUCUUUGUGUUGUGUUGUGUGAGAGUUUACUGAACUCACUUUCUGACCGCAUUUCAACACUAUUUUGUCGCUUAAUCUGAAACGAGAGGAAGCUUGUUGAUACAAACCUGCCCUCACAUAUAAAUCAAUGAAACCUGCUCUGAAGUACAACAUUGGUAAAACAAUGUUUUUAUUGCUGCAUUAGAAGCCUGGGUGAUUUAACUCACGUGUGUUGAAAUAAAAACCUGUUGUUUAGUCAUUUUAAUGAUGCUUGUCUUACCAAGUGAUGCGAGUCUGCUGUGUAUGUCAGAAAUGUUAAAUGUACAGUCAGAAAUAAAAUAAAUAUGUGCUCCUGA